AUGCCCUCCUUUUCUAACGACGUCGCAUAUCAAUCGUCCACUGCAACUGCCACUCACCCGCGUCCAUUCGACUCGCCGCAGGGCAAAACGUCGGAGAAAACAUCCGUGGGGAAUACUUUCCUAUGGACAAAUUGGCCCAAUGGCGACACGAACCAUCUGGAUGCCCCUCCAAAUGACCGCCAACUCACCAACGGCAGUGCUUACUCCCUGAAUGGUCCGCGCUCGAGCGCCAGCUCAUAUACGAGGGAAUUGCCGCACUCGAAAGACGGCAGCAUGCACUCCUUGGGAAAUGGUUCGGCUCGGGAUCCCAGAGAAGGCGGGAGGCCCUCGACAACAUUGGAUCGCGAUGUCUCUAGGAAGUCAGUUGAAAGAAGCGCUCGUGCAGCCUCUCCGACGGCAUCGGUCACUAGCCAGCAGAUCAAUGGAACGUUGACCCCCCGGUCGCUCAACGGCAAGCCGACGGUUAAUGGAGACUACCCUCGACCGUCCGCUGAUGAAUUGGUUGCUCCCGAUGUAGUGGCUAAUGCUUCGGGCACGCGAUUGUCCACCUCUCAGCCUGAUGACGCUGGUCGUCUCUCGCCGGAUCCCGAUCGAUUGUCGCCCUCCUCGCCCUCUCAGAAGAGUCCUCACCGGUACUCCUCUCCUCCUGUACCAUCUGGCCUGGAUGGUAAUGCGCAAGAUCCGAACAACACCGGCCUUCGACAUCGACAUACUUUGCAAGUCCCACGAAACAGCAGCGGGCGCCGAAGUAGUCGGGACCAAACCGAGGAUGCUGCCUACAGCAGCGGUCGCUUGUCUCCCACGGCCGGUAUUCGUCGUACUUCUUUCAGCUUGGCGCGGCGCGCUACCCGCACCAACCAGUCCGAUAUGCUGUCCGACGAUGCCCCUCCAGACGAAGAUGCGGCUCGGUGGGCAGAAGCCAUUAAACAGAGGCGGGCUUCCAAGAGAAGACGUCGGGAUGAUGACGACGAUGACCACGUUAUCGUUGGCACAAGGGUCGACCAGAAUCAUGUGAAUUAUGUUACUGCCUACAACAUGCUCACCGGAAUUCGGUUCACGGUGUCGAGAAUCAAUGCGAAGAUGGAUCGGGAGCUGACUCCGGCGGACUUUGAGGCCAAGCACAAGUUUUCUUUUGACAUAACCGGAAACGAACUGACCCCUUCCGCCAAAUACGAUUUCAAAUUCAAGGACUAUGCGCCCUGGGUUUUCCGUCACCUUCGGGCAAAGUUCCGACUUGAUCCUGCGGACUACCUGAUGUCCUUAACCAGUAAAUACAUCCUUUCCGAACUUGGCUCGCCGGGAAAGAGUGGAAGUUUCUUCUACUUUUCUAGAGACUACAAGUACAUUAUCAAAACAAUUCACCAUUCCGAACAUAAGCUAUUGCGGAAGAUCCUUCCGGAAUACUACAGACAUGUCGAGCAAAACCCGAAUACUUUGAUCUCGCAAUUCUACGGUCUCCAUCGCGUCAAGAUGGCCUAUGGUCGCAAGAUCCACUUUGUUGUCAUGAACAACCUGUUCCCUCCUCACCGCGAUAUCCACCAGACAUUCGACUUGAAGGGUUCCAUGAUCGGACGUGAUUUGCGCGAGGAAGAUUUGGAGAAGAACCCAAGAGCGACAUUGAAGGAUUUGAACUGGGUCCGGAGGAAUCGCGAGAUACAGUGUGGUCCGUCAAAGCGGGACUUCUUUCUAGCUCAGCUAAAACGGGAUGUUGAAUUGCUGAAGAAGUUAAAGAUCAUGGACUACUCUCUCUUAGUGGGUAUCCACGAUGUGGGACGAGGGAAUGAGGAGAAGCUGCGGGACAAGACACUACAGGUUUUCCAACCCGGGGCGGCCGCUAAGAUGCCCGAGGAGAUCCUUGAUGAAAGGAAAUUCCAUGUCUUCUAUGCGGAUGAUGGUGGAUUCCGCGCCACGCAUGAAAACGGUCAGCCUGGCGAGGAGAUCUACUAUCUCGGAAUCAUUGACUGCUUGACUCACUAUGGAAUGGUGAAGAAGAUCGAACACUUCUUCAAAGGUCUUUCACAUGACCGGACGCAAAUCUCGCCUAUACCACCGGAGGGCUACGGUGAUCGAUUCAUCAACUUCAUCAAGGGCAUCACAAUGUCCAAGGAGGAGGCCGAACGACAUCGGGAAGCCCGAGCAGAGGGUAGGCCCUCAGUGGAGCGUUCCGAGUCUGUUGAACGGACUAUGCAAGCAGCUGAGAAGGAGGCUGCCAAGGAUGUCUCGCACGCCCAGCCUCGGACGCUGUCGACUGUUCGAGACCCGUCAGACCCUAGCGGCGUCGUUGCGCCUUCAUUUUUGCCGAUCGUUGACGAGGCUGGGGAGGCCAGCAGCGUUGGAGGGCAAAGCCAGCAUAGUCGCCACGGGCCAUCUUCUGCGGUGGAAAAGGAACUCCCUCCGGUUCCUCAACAAAAUGGGAUGCCCUUCGCUGGAAAAGGCAAGGCAGCGUCUCGAAAUGAGCAAUCUGGCAUGGUAUCUGUCUCAGGCAGACAAUAA